CUGUUCGAAAUGAGCGACCAUCAACAGGCUGAUAUUAUCCACCCGAAGAGCCCCCUCCCGCUGGACAUCAUCAUUGUAGGGGCUGGCCUGAGCGGUCUUGCUGCAGCGGUUUCGUGUUCAUUAUCAGGCCACAGAGUCACCAUUUUUGAGUCUGCAACUGCACUUCAAGAGGUCGGUGCCGGAUUACAAGUCACACCCAACGCGUCUCGUCUGCUCCGUCAGUGGGAGUUACCUCAAAGAUUCUGGGACUCCGUCGCCGAGCCCACAUACCUCGCCGUCCAUCGCUAUUCGGGUCAACUUUUAGCUCUAGAAGAGGAUUUCGAUAAGAAGAUCCGGGAAAAAUACAGCGCCCCCUUUGUUGACGUCCAUCGAGUCGAUCUCCAAUUAUCCUUACUAGAACGAGCACAGCAACUCGGAGCCACGCUUAAGUUAUCGCAAAAGGUCGUAGACAUCGAUUUUAAUACCCCAAAGAUUAUCACACAGGAUGGAACACAGACGAGAGCUGAUCUAAUUAUCGCUGCCGAUGGUUUGCGGUCGCGAUGUCGUGAUGCCUUCCUUGGUACUAAACAACCACCCAAACCGACGGGUGAUCUGGCAUAUCGAGUUGUUCUCAACUUGGACGACAUCAAAGAUCCCGAGUUGAUUGAUUGGGUUCAAAAACCUUCAUGUCACUUCUGGAUUGGACCUGGGGCCCAUGCCGUGGGUUAUUCUCUCCGAGGCGGCAAUAUGUACAACAUUGUUCUACUUGUUCCAGACGAUCUUCCUCCAGGUGCCAGCAGGCUUCCUGGAUCGGUUGACCAGAUGAAGGCCCUGUUCGAAGGCUGGGAUCCAAUCUUGGUUCGCUUUCUUGAUCUCGUUACCGAGGUUGAUAAAUGGAAGUUAAUGCAUCGCGGUGAGAUGGAACAUUGGAUCAACAAUCAAUCUAACUUUGUCUUCAUUGGAGAUGCAUGCCAUCCUAUGCUUCCUUACUUGGCCCAAGGCGCCAACUCAGCGAUUGAGGAUGGCGCUGUGUUGGGACUUCUACUAGGCGCAGUUGAGUCCCGUAACCAAAUCCCCGAGGCUCUCAAACUGUAUGAGAAGCUGCGCAAGACUCGUGGUGAGGCGAUUGUCAGAGAAACGUUCAAGCAGCGAGAGUCAUUCCACAUGCUCGACGGACCGGAGCAACAGAAACGAGACGAAAUAUUCUUAUCUCAGCUGGGAAAUAAAGAACUCAAGGCACCCUUUCCUAGUCGUUGGACCUGUCCCCAAGUCCAGCCAUGGCUAUACGGCUACGAUGCAUACGAGGAAGUGCAGAAAGCUCUGGGAGAGAAUUCAUUUACUCGUUUCGAAGUCAUCGCACAACCUACUCCAGCUCUUACUUCACGGAACUGGGUGUCACGAAUGUUCUCAUACGUUCAUCGUGUGGUUUUAAGAGGGAAAUGA